UUUGAUCUGACUCUUAUUAAAACUGAUUCAUGUUAAAACAUUAAUAAUAUUGAGAGAUGAUUGACCUUUUGACCUUAGGGACAUAAAUGGGUCAGUCCAGAGAAUGGAUGAAAUAUCUCAUAGAUGAAUAAUUGACUAUUGACUCGGUAAGAGACAAAUGUAGGAUUUUAAAAGUUGAGGUUUUAUUUUGAAGGCCUGAUCCGGAUGCGUCCUGCUGCCUUCAGGGUAACUUGACAGCGUGAGUAAAUUCGGGAGAGUCCAGAAUGUGGCAUUCAGGGAGAGGAGGGAAAGCUGGAGCAGCGGGACCACCCGAACCCGUUUAAAGGAGCUGAACUGGACCUUCAAUCCGGAACCGUGAAGAACCCAUAGCUGGUGCAUUCUGGGUCCAGGUAAAGCGCGGGAAAACCGGAACUUUUCUGGAACAUUCCCGUUUUCUGGACACUGGGAAUUCGGGCUCCACUUUUCCAGCUCCUGUCGGACUUUUCCCGCAGCUCUUCCUGGGAGUUUGGUGGAUUUAAAGUUUCAGCCUCAAGGUCCUCAGGUCCUCCAGGAGAGGAAGAGGAGGCUGCUGCUCAGGAUGAAGCUCUGAGGAAGAGGAGGAGGGAUCCUAUUGAAGCCGGUCCGGUCCGGUCCGGUCCGGUCUGACCCGAGGAGAAAGACAAGGAUGGGAAAGGAGCAGGAGCUUCUCCAGGCGGUGAAGAGCGGAGACCUGCUGUCCACCCAGAAGCUGCUGACCCGGCUGAGGACCGGCAGGAACAAGCUGCUGGGCUCCACCAAGAGGCUGAACGUCAACUACCAGGACUCGGACGGCUUCUCGGCGCUGCACCAUGCUGCCCUCACCGGAACCACAGAGCUGCUGGCGGCGCUGCUGGAGGCUCAGGCCGCCGUCGACAUUAAAGACACCAACGGAAUGCGACCGCUACAUUACGCCGCCUGGCAGGGGAAGGCCCAGUCCGUCCUGACGCUGCUCCGGUCCGGAGCGUCGGUCAACGCCGCCUCCAUGGACGGACACAUCCCACUGCACCUGGCGGCCCAAUACGGGCACUAUGAGGUGUCGGAGAUGCUGCUGCAGCACCAGUCCAACCCGUGUCUGCUCAACCGGGCCAAGAAGACUCCUCUGGACCUGGCCUGUGAGUUCGGACGGGCCAAGGUGGUGCAGCUGCUCCUGAGCAGCAACAUGGUGGCGGCGUUGUUGGAGGAUGAGAGGAAGGAGCCGACAGACUCCGCCUACACCACGCCGCUGCAUCUGGCGGCUCGCAACGGACACAAAGACGUCAUACGGCUGCUGCUGAAGGCCGGGAUCGACAUCAACAAGACUAGCAAGUCUGGAACGGCGCUGCAUGAAGCUGCACUGUACGGCAAGACGGAGGCAGUGCGACUGCUGCUGGACGCCGGCGUGGACGUGAACAUCAGAAACACCUACAACCAGACGGCGCUGGACAUCGUCAACCAGUUCACCACGUCCCACGCCAGCAAGGACAUCAAGCAGCUGCUGAGAGACGCGACGGGGAUCCUGCAGGUCAGAGCCCUGAAGGACCACUGGAACCUCCACGACCCAACUGCCCUCAACAUCCGGGCAGGAGACGUGAUCACGGUGUUGGAGCAGCACCUGGACGGGCGCUGGAAGGGCCACAUCCACGACAGCCAGCGGGGAACGGACCGGGUCGGCUUCUUCCCUCCGUCCAUCGUGGAGGUGAUCAGCAGGCGGAACGGGGGCGCUCUGUCCCGGCACGCCUCUCUGCCCACCCAGCGCCAACAGCAGCCGUCUAGACCCCCCCUCUCCUCCAGCCUAAGCUCCGCCCCCCACACCGACGACUCCUACAGUCUGUAUGCCCCGCCCACCCACCUGGUUCUGCCCAACGGCUUGGCGACCUGUGCAGGUUCGUCUUCGAGCCUCCUGUCUCAGUCUGGGUGUCCCUUUGAGGACGUCUGGGUCCUCAGGGACUCGUUCCACGCUGGGGACAGGAACAGCGUGGGAAGCACCGGCAGCGUGGGCAGCACCCGCAGCGCUGGCAGCGGCCAGAGCACCGAGAGCAACAGCGUUCCCAACGGGCAGCAGCACACUACCGGUCACCAUGACAACAAGCUGGCGCCCCCUGCUGCUGAUCCAGGAGCCUCUGCUGACCCCAGCAGGCAGGCAGAGAGUCCUGCAGGUGGCGCCCCUCGCAGGCAGACGGUGACGGUGCAGCGCCUGGCAGAGCCCAGCUUCACGCAGCAGUUCGUUCGUCCGCAGCAGCUGCUAGAGGGGAAGGAUGCGGACGCCAUCUUCCAGUGGCUGAGCGACUUCCAGCUGCAGCAGUACACCGGGAACUUCCUGAGCGCCGGCUACGAUGUUCCCACCAUCAGCCGGAUGACUCCUGAGGACCUGACUGCCAUCGGCGUCACCAAACCGGGGCACCGGAAGAAGAUCUCCAUGGAGAUCAACAACCUGAACAUCCCAGAGUGGCUGCCGGAGUACAUCCCUUCGGACCUUUGCGAGUGGCUCAGCGCCAUCGGCCUCCCGCAGUACCACAAGAAGCUGUCAGAGAAUGGCUACGACUCCAUCAGCAUCGUCAAAGACCUGACGUGGGAGGACCUGCAGGAGAUCGGCAUCACCAAGCUGGGCCACCAGAAGAAGCUGAUGUUGGCGGUGAAGAAGCUGAGCGACCUCCAGAGGGCCAUCUUGCAGGCGGACACCGGAACAGGGACGCUGCGGCGUAAAGGGCCCGGAGCGCUCCACCUGGUCGCCAUUGAGUCUCCGGACGCCAGCAGCGAGUGUUCCUCUCCUCACACCCCCAUCAUGGUGACCUUCCAGGACAGCGAGCUGAGCGCAGAGCUUCAGACUGCCAUGGCGAGUCACUACGGAGGCUGCGACGAAGGCCUAGCCGUCAACAACGCUGUGGAGAUGUUGCAGAGCCAAGAGAACAUUGACACCCGGUCCAGAGGCUCCGGCUGGUCUCAGGAGCCUCCCACUGCCCCAAUUGGUCCCCUUGGCUGGUCCCAGGAGAGCCAGGAGGGAAGCCCGGCCUGGGAGAGGAACCUGCCUGAGGGCUGGGACCAGCGGCCGCUGCAGCAUCAGCCACUGCAGAAGCAGGUGCCUCUGGGGACGGCCACCGUCUUCAAGUACCCGGCCAUACCGGCCAAACCCAAACUGCCGCGCGGCGCCUCCCUGGCUCUGAAAGGCUUCAGCUACCUGCAUUCCCAGUGCGGUUCCACCACCCUGAACCCGACGGCCCGACCCGAGCACCACCGGACCCUGACGCCCCCAAACCGGCGCACCCAGAGCAAGACCCGCUACGCUCUGUCGGACGGAGAGCCAGACGAGGAUGACGACGACCUCACCGUUCUGCCAGCCGACGUUCCAUCCUACGCCACCCUGACCCGGAAGCCCGGCCGCAGCCAGCCGGGCCGGUCGCAGUCCGGCUCAGAUAGGAACGGCAAUGUGGGCCGCAGUCAAUCGUUUGCCGUGCGUGCCCGCAAAAAGGGUCCCCCUCCUCCGCCGCCGAAGAGGCUGAGCUCAGUGAGCAGCACGACCAGCAGCGAGCUGAGCGACAGCAGCCCCACCUCGUCCUCUGGGGACGUGGUCACCGACAGCCCAGGGAGCGUCAGGAGCAUCACCGCCUCUCUGGAGAGCAGCCCAGGGCCCAGACACGGCGCUGCGUCAGAGGCCAGGGAGACUGUAGAGCUCAGGAGGAAGGUCCACAGCGAAUGUCUUCCCAGUCAGACCAGCAGCAACGCAGAGAUCGACCGAGGGUUGAAGUCCGACUCUGAGGAGGAGGAACCGAAGGCUCAAGGCCUGGACGGGUCUUCGUCUCCCCAGAACAGCUCCAGUGAGUGCAUCCCUUUUGCCGAAGAAGGCAACCUGACCAUCAAACAGAGACCCAAAACUCCUGGCCCCCCCAGAGCUGAUGCCGUGCUGGAGCCCCCAAACAAACCAGCGUCCAAAGCUCUGGACGUUCCAGAGUUCAACUUGAAGGAGUCCGACACGGUGAAGAGGCGCCACAAACCCAAGGACAAGGAGCAGGGCGAGGGUUCCCCUGUCAGAUCCGGAGCCUCAGAGUCCGAGUCUGGUGGCAGCAGGGCCCCAUCCAGGAACCAGGACCAGCUGGACCUGAGAAUCAGCGAGGCCAGUCUGGAGAGGCCCAGCAGCCCAGCAACAGGGUCUCCUCUGAAACCUUCUCUCUCACCAAAACCCGCCAUCACCCCGAAACCUGUUCGCCACAGUCUGCUGGCCGCUCAGGGAGGACGGUCCUCUCCCACGUUGACAGUCAGUGUGGUCCAAAGCGUGGCGUUCGCCUCCUCAGCAGCCCCCGGGCCGACAGCUCCGGUUCCUCCGGGCCCCCGCAGCCCCUCUCUGGCUGCCAGGAGACCUGUGGGGAGUCCUCUGUCCUCUGAGUCGUCUUCUGAGACGGAAGAGGUCCAGCAGAGACUGGACCAGACCAGCAGCUCUCUAGCAGCAGCUCUGAAGGCCGUGGAGACGAAGCUGAACCAGGACGGCAGUAAGGGCAGGGGGAGCUCUGUGAGGUCAGCAGGGACCAUCUUGGACGACAUCGGCAACAUGUUUGACGACCUGGCCGACCAGCUGGACGCCAUGUUGGAUUAAACGUUUAACGUCAGGAUCGGUGCUCCGCCUGCUUCGGGCUGCAGUCGGAGAACAGCAGCGCUGAACUGGAUCUGCUGCUGCAGCGCCUUUCAGCCGGAGCCAUGAAUACUUUAGAUAUUUAACCUGGAAGUUUAAUGUCUUUAUCAUUCUGCAACCAGAAAACCUUCAGUCUGUUUAGAUCUAGGAUGAGGUCCAGAACGGUUCUGCUGGGAUCCAUCAGCAGACAAAACUCAUCAUGUUUCAGUAACAAACAUGUUAAAAUUCUGUUGGUUCUUUGAGGAAGACUCCGGUGUGGCGCCAUCUGGUGGCCACUGCUGGUAUUGCACCAACAUUUAAAACGGAAGCCAUGUCGUGGCCCUGCAGCUCCGUCGGGUUCUUUAAGCUUCCGGUUCUGGCUCCAGGUCCAGCACUUCACAUCAUGUUUUAUCAAAUGUGGAACUACCCAGAACUGGCCUUGACCCGGUAAAACCCAGCCGAGUUCUGGAGAACUUUCUUAAACCCGAGUUUGGACUAAACCCAAAGUCCAACAUAGUUGUCAGGAGGGAGCUGGAGAAAGGGAGGUGAAAGGUCAAAUGAACGGUUCUGGAGCAAAACCGGAGGUUCAGAACCGGACCGGGUUCUGGCUGGAAUCAAACUGUUCUCCAGCUCUCCGUGGAUUCAAAACCUUCUGGAUUUUUCUUCCAACUUUGUAAAAAGGUCAUUGGGAGCAUUAGCUUAGGAUGCUAUCAUGGGCUGUUGCUCAGCAACGCUGCUAAAUUUGUGAUUUCUGUUUCUAAGUUACUGAAUGUUCAAAACGUGGAAAUGAAUUCAGAAGCAGAAUCUCAUUAGAUGAUGUUUAUCGUUUUAAGGUUUUCUUUGCGUUUUGACUCUGAUCCUGCGGUCAUUUCCCGGUGAAGCGGUUCGGUAUCAGUGACUCGUUCGGACCUUCAGAACCAGACCCGGAUGAUUUCUCCUCACUCUGGAUUAUAAUCCAACAGAUGCGGUUUGGGUCUGGUUCUGGUUUUCAGCUGCCAUCUGGUGGCGCUGAGACGCGAUGCAGCUGCUGUUGGACCGCCGGGUUACUGGACCGGAACCGGGACGUACUGGACUCAGCUGCUCCCCGAACCGUCUGACCCGGAUGCAGCUCUGCUCCAACAGAACCGAGCCGGGAUCAUAGUUUUUUGGAUUUGAAAACUAUUUAAAUCUAAAUAUGUUUAUUAACCAUCAGCACAAACGAACCAAAGCUUUGUACAGAGUUUAUUUUAGGAAUAUUUUACUGUUGUUCCUCAAAUUUUCGGCAUGCUGCGACCCCGCUGGUUCUGGUUCUGGUCCGGAUCACCACCACAAUCACCUUCCUCAUCAUCAUGAUUUUUUUUUUAAAUGUAAUAAAAAAUUCUGUCUUCUA